UUGAUGACUCUUGGGUGACAGAAGAGUCACCCAAGAAAAGAAAGCUGUUUCGUUGGAGCCUCUAUCUCAGAUGGAAGAAGACAAGUGCAGUUCGAAAGCUGCUGGUAAACAACCGGACGCGGCACAAGUGAUUGAUGAUUGAGAGAAAGUAUGCGGACUGAUAGAAGAAAAUAUUAAACGCCAAUGAAGUUUUGUCUCUGUGCCUGCUUAUCUUUUCUGUGUGUGUAUUGAACUAAUGAAACUUGAGUAGUUUCUGUUAUAUUCUUCUACUUGGGAGCUCAAAGAUUAGUUUAUUCAGAUUAACCAAACUUUUUUUUUCUGUUGAAAGCACUUUUCUCAAAACUGUGGGACUCUUUCCUGAAACUCACAUAUAAGGGACUUCUGGUUCGGUUUUAUGACAGAACAGACGAUGAUUCGCAUUUGAGAUAAAGUGCAGCAAGCUGUGGAUAUAUGCUUUGCCUUUCAUUGCCUCUUGUUCAAGCAUUUUUAUUUUACUUUGUCCCUCCUCCAACUGAAGAAACGUUAAAGAAUUUGCGUAAAUUACUGAUUUCUCAUUCUUCUGUCACGAUCUUUUAUAUUUGUUCUACCUUUUUUCCCUAUAUAAAUCUCAUUUCGAAAGAUGCGUUUUUUUCCAAAGCAAUGUCCUCACAAAAGAGUUCGCAUUACAUGGCAGACUCCAAGAUGGAACUUGAUACCAAUAGAAAAGCAUGGAUUUUUCAACCGAGUGGUCUUAAUUUCGUUUGGGGAGGUGACUCAAGAUAUUGGGUUAUCCCUAAAGAACCACGGGUGCCUGCUGAGAUGAAGAUGGUGAGUUGGUUAGAAGUAACCGGUUCGUUCGAUAAGACUGAACCCGGGAAGGCAUACCAAAUCGGUUUCAAAAUCUCGUUUAAACCGGAGGCUACCGGUUGGGACGGAGCCCCACUCGCCAUGUCUGCUAAAAUCGGAAAGAAAGGCAAGACGGUGUGGAAAAAAAUCAAAUCUGUUAACCAGAACAAAGGCGGGUCCGAACCGGUCAAUAUACCUGACGAAUCUGAUGGCCAGUUCGAAAUCUCGGUUAGCCCCACAGCGGAUAACCAAGAUACCAAGCUUCAGUUUGGUCUCUAUGAGGUGUGGACCGGACGAUGGAAGACCGGUUUGUUGAUCCAUGAAGCCUUUGUUCAACAAGUGUAAGUCAUUGUUGGAAACACAAAUCUUAUUGUAACUAAA